AAGCUUAACAGCACUCUCACAACUUCCUCGUACAAGUCACAGACGCGUCGCCGUGCUCCUCAUCUUGAAGCACAUUCGCAAAAAAAUGGAAGCGGUUAGACCGAAAUGAGGAAUAAUUUCAGUUACGGGACUCUGGCAGAAGAAUCACUAUCUUGUUAAACUCAUCGUCGUAGGAGUACUUGGUUAAAGCGACGUCAUUGAUUGGGAGACCUUGCUGCACAUUUCAUCCAUGGGCUGCACUGACUUUCUUGGCUUCUGCGCCUUGGGAAAUGCGCAAGAACUUUCAAAGGACCUGUGAGAAAAGCUGAUGUUAUUCUUGCGCAACCUACCUUUUCACCCUUGCAGGACAUCACCAUGGGUUGUGUGGGCUCAAAGAAGGAUCGGGAGAAUCUUCGGAAGGGGAGCAGUGACAUGCAGAAAAGUGCACCGACAACCCACUACGUCAAAGAUCCCACAGCGGGAAAUUCUAAAGUUAGCAAAACGCCAUCCAGUGCAAAUAUAACAGAUGGAGACAACAUUGCUAUUGCACUUUAUGAUUAUGAUGCCAUUCAUGAUGGAGACCUUGGCUUCAAGAAGGGGGACAAACUUAACAUUUUGGAAGAAUCAGGGGAGUGGUGGCGAGCGGUGUUGAUCAGUACAGGUCAAGAAGGCUUCAUCCCCAGCAAUUAUGUUGGUAAAGAUACCCUGGAGGCAGAGGAGUGGUUUUUCAAGGGAGUGAGCAGGAGAGAUGCCGAGAGGCAGCUUCUGGCUCCUGGAAACAAAGUAGGAUCGUUUAUGAUCCGAGACAGUGAGUCCAACAAAGGAAGCUUCUCCCUGUCUGUCAGGGACACCGACUCAUCUGGUGACACUGUUAAACAUUAUAAGAUCCGUUUGCUGGACAAUGGAGGAUUUUACAUCUCUCCCCGGAUCACAUUCAGCACCCUGCAGGACCUGGUCAAGCAUUAUAAGAGUGAGUGUGACUUGGCUUUAUUUGAUGAACUAGACCUCAACGCAAAAGUCUUGUAUAUUUGUGAUUCAUCGCAUUGUGUGUGUUUUUUAUUCCCUCUAGAGCAAGGUGAUGGCCUUUGCCAACCCCUAACCAACCCUUGCCUGAGUCCUAAACCAGAGAAGCCCUGGGAGAAAGACGCCUGGGAAAUCCAAAGGUCAUCACUUAAACUGGAGAAAAAACUCGGUGCUGGCCAGUUUGGAGAUGUCUGGCUGGCGACAUACAACAAACACACCAAGGUAGCAGUGAAGACCAUGAAACCUGGGAGCAUGUCGGUAGAAGCCUUCAUGGCUGAGGCCAAUCUGAUGAAGACUUUACAGCAUGACAAACUGGUGCGACUCCAUGCUGUGGUCACCAAGGAAGAGCCCAUUUAUAUUAUCACUGAAUUAAUGGAAAAAGGUAGUUUAUUAGACUUCCUCAAGAGUGAUGAAGGCAGUCGCAUCCCACUUCCCAAGCUCAUCGACUUCUCUGCCCAGAUAGCGGAGGGUAUGGCCUUCAUUGAGCAGAGGAACUACAUCCACCGAGACUUGAGGGCCGCCAACAUUCUGGUCAAUAAAGCUUUAGUAUGCAAAAUCGCUGACUUUGGCCUCGCUCGCAUCAUUGAAGACAAUGAAUACACAGCAAGGGAAGGAGCAAGAUUUCCCAUUAAGUGGACAGCACCUGAAGCUAUCAACUACGGCUGUUUCACUAUUAAGUCAGAUGUCUGGUCUUUUGGCAUUUUGCUUACUGAGAUCAUCAGUUAUGGACGUACACCGUACCCAGGGAUGACAAACCCAGAGGUAAUCCGUUCGCUGGAGAAAGGCUAUCGAAUGCAGCGUCAGGACAGUUGUCCCAAGGAACUCUAUGACAUCAUGCUAGAGUGUUGGAAGAACAAACCAGAUAACCGUCCAACCUUUGAUUACCUAAAGAGUGUCCUGGAGGAUUUCUACACAGCCACGGAGAGCCAGUACCAGCAACAACCGUGACUCACAUUCUUCUUUUUUUUU